AUGGCCGCCUGGUUCCGGUUUGCUUUCUUUGUUUUCUUGAGGCUGAAAUUCGCGCAACGUUCUAGACCGAACCUCUCCCACCUCCUCUCCCUCCUUCCCAACUCAUCCCAGGCGCAAGGCCUCGUCAACCCCAUCACCAGCACAGGUGAAGCCAAAGUCCACGAACUCGGCCUGCGGGCCCGGGUUUUCCGCUCCCUCCUUGACGCCUGGGAAGCCGUCCACCUCAUCCCCACGGCCACAGGCCCCCUCACCCGCGAUGACAUCCUCCAGCUCCUCCAGAACGACCCCGCCAUCGCACACGACCUCCAAACCGACACCCUCACGCUAAUGCACAGCUACGAGACCCUCCGCACUUUCUACACGCAGCUCUCCACGCGUCUCUUCGACUGGACGACCCCCUACUUCCCCUCGCACGCCACGCUACACACGCAAUUCCACAACGGUGGAAGAGGUAUCGUCCUAACCGCCGGCGACAAACAAGCGCCCUACGUACUAACCUCCCUGCAAUCCCUCCGCCGACAAGGCUGCACCCUCCCAGUAGAAAUCAUGUACCUAGGCGACGACGACCUGGGCGAAGACGCCCGCGACGCCUUCGAAGCCAUCCCCGGCGUGAUCACACGCGACCUGUCACCAAUGGUGCAAGACGAAGGCUGGACACUGCGCGGCUGGGCCGCCAAACCUUUUGCCAUUCUUCUCUCUAGCUUCCGCGAAGCGAUCUUCAUCGACGCGGACGCACUCUUCCUCACCAACCCGGCGGACCUCUUCAACAAUCCCGGCUACGUCGAGACCGGGGCCCUCUUCUUCAAGGACCGACUGCUCAUGCCCGGGGAGAAGCGCGCGUGGCUGCGGCAGGUGCUGCCGCCGCCGUUGUCGCGGGCGGUGCGCCGCAGCCGCAUGUGGACGGGCCAGAGCAUCCAUAUGCAGGAGUCUGGCGUGGUGGUCGUCGACAAGUGGCGGCAUUUCGUGGCGUUGCUGCUGGUGACGCGGCUGAAUGGGCCGGAUCGCGACGGCGAUAAGGCGAACGGCAAGGUCGGCGUUUAUGAUAUGGUUUACGGCGAUAAAGAAACCUUCUGGCUGGGCUGGGAGCUCGUAGGGGAUGCGGAUUACGCAUUCCAUGAGGGCGCCGCGGCGGUCAUGGGCACGGCGCGGGUGAACCGUGCUCGAGUGAUCGGGAAUGAGACUGCGGAUGCAUCUGAAGAGAAUGCCGGGAGUGGGAGCCCCGAAGACCCCCGGUUCAGCAUAUGCGCGCCGCAGCUGCUGCACCUGGGAACCGACGGCCGCCCGCUGUGGUUCAACGGGUGGUUGCUUCCGAACAAGUACUCGGACGACCCGCGCCAGCAGCCGACGGCGUUCGAGGCGUUCGUCACGGAACCGCCGGAUGCGACAGCCGUGGGCGCGUGGAAGCUGCAGCAAAAUAACGUCUGCUGUCUGGCGGCGGAUCAUGUCGGGACUUUCAGCGCCGCGGAGAAGGAGGUGCUGGGGGGGAUGGUGGAGAUUGCGAGGGAGGUGGGCGCUAUUGGUGAGGAUUAA